CGCCGCUGAUCAGCCCCUGGGGGAAAAGCUCCCGCGGACCCGUCUCCCACCCUAGCAUGGGAUGGGCGAGCCCUGCGAGCGCGGUGCCUGCUCCCCAGCCGCUGGCAUAAAGGAAGGAGCGGACGCGGAGUCCUGGGACACGCCGCUGGGUUUCCUGGAGAGCGCUCAGAUGGACAACGGGAGCAACGUGUCCUUCUUGCAGUUCAAGACGAUCAACCUGGAGCGAGCCGACGGGAUGCAGGGGGACAGUUCCGACGUGGUGCGGAUUGUCAUCUCCCUGGUGUACUCCGUGGUGUGUGCCCUGGGACUGGUGGGCAACCUGCUGGUGCUCUACCUGAUGAAAAGCAAGCAAGGCUGGAGGAAAUCCUCCAUCAACCUCUUUGUCACCAGCCUGGCAGUGACUGACUUCCAGUUUGUGCUGACCUUGCCAUUCUGGGCAGUGGAGAACGCGCUGGACUUCAACUGGCUCUUUGGGAAGGCAAUGUGUAAGAUCGUCUCCUAUGUGACAGCAAUGAAUAUGUAUGCCAGUGUAUUCUUUCUCACUGCUAUGAGUGUGGCUCGAUACCGCUCUGUAGCUUCAGCCUUGAAAAAUCAGCGUCGAGGUGACCCACUGGGUGGCUGCUGCUCUGCCAAGUGGCUUUGUGCGCUCAUCUGGCUGUCAGCUGUCCUGGCUUCUCUGCCCCAUGCCAUUUUUUCCACCACUGCCACUGUAUUUGAUGAUGUUCUCUGUCUUGUCAAGUUCCCAGAGGGCCGAGGCAGCAAUGCCCAGUUCUGGCUGGGUCUGUACCACAUCCAGAAGGUGCUGCUGGGCUUUGUGGUGCCGCUAGUCAUCAUUUGUCUCUGCUACUUGCUCCUGGUGCGCUUCAUCAGUGACAAGCAUGUGGGCAGCACCUGCAGCGGCUCCAGAAUCAAGCGCCGCUCAAAAGUGACUAGGUCAGUGUCCAUCGUGGUGCUGUCUUUCUUCUUGUGCUGGCUGCCUAACCAAGCACUUACAACAUGGGGGAUACUCAUCAAGCUCAAUAUAGUGCCCUUCAGUAACGAGUACUUUCUCUCCCAAGUGUACAUCUUCCCCAUCAGCGUGUGCCUGGCACACUCCAACAGCUGCCUCAAUCCCAUCCUCUACUGCCUCAUGCGCAGGGAGUUCCGCAAGGCACUGAAGAGCCUCCUCUGGAGGAUCACCUCACCUUCCCUCACCACCAUGCGCCCUUUCACUGACACCACCAAGCCUGAGAAGGAGGAGCAAGCCCUGCAUGCCGUGAUGCCUGUCCACCCUGCCCCUGCUGCUGCCCGUGCUGCAGCUGUCCAGGCAGAGGUGGCCUAUUACCCCCCCGGGGUGGUGAUGUACAACAGCCGCUACGACCUGCUGCCUGUUGGCUCCAUGGAGCAUCACUGCUGAGAUGGCAGGGGGCUCUGGGGGGGUGGGACAGUGCCAGAUGUGGCCUGGGGAUAUUGAAUGCCUGGUCAGGACAAGGGGAGGAGGGAUGAGUAAAGGAGGACUUCUGUGUGAGAGAUGCUCUUUUGCUGUUUUGUCUGCCCUUGGAGACACUUGAAGGACCUUGUCUGGAAGAUACACCCUGAGCUGGAGAGCAGCUAGGUGGGGUGUCCUUAUGAGAUGCAUUUUAGUGCUUGUACCUGUGCUGGGGAACAAGAACUAAUGAGGAUGAUGGGACUCCUGCUGGGAAUGAUGCAGGAUGCACAAAGCACCACAGGGGCUAGUUAGGGUGGACAGAGGUUGGAAGGCUGAAACCACAUCCCCUCAAGCUGGAGUUGCAAGCAGCCCUCCCACCGUGGCAGGGAGAGGGAGCUGAGCUGCCUUGUCCUUGCUGCAGGACCCUGUAAAUGGUGCAGGCCUGACUGGUUACUGCUCCCUGGGCUCCAUUGAGGGCACAGGGAUCAGACAGCCUCUCUUCUAUUUCAAACUUGCCCAUGGGGGAACAGCCAGGACAAGAGGGUAACAAAGCUCCUGCUUGUUCAGGCUUUGUGCCUUUCCCCUCUUCUAGGGACUUAGGAAAGAGCAGGAACAAGGAAUACCGUGCUCCCCUCCAGGUCAGUGCAGGAUCUGUUUUUCUAGCUACCCCCAUCUCAGCUGCUGCCAGAGUAUAGAGCAGACAGCCAAGGAGAAGCCCAAGGACAGAGUUUGCAGCUUCAUGGGGUGUUCCUUUGCCUGGGUUUGGAGGGAGGGUGUGAGCUCCCGAAUACUCCCAUGUUCCAGUGUUACCCAGCUUCUCUCCAGGCCACUGAGCGGAAAGGCAACCUUACAUCCCCAGACCAUGUGUAGCAAGACAGCAUCUCUCCCAGAGCACUGAGGUUGCAGGCUUAAUUUUUGCUGCACUUCAGACUGUUCAUAUUUCACUUCAGGAAAUCAGCACAACUGUAAAUAAAAUUUAAAAAAAAACCGAACAACCAAACAACAAAAAAACAAGGGGAAAAAGAAACAAUCCUAGCUACUUCAAAUCACCUGCUCUGGGAUACUUCUGGGUUCACUUAAGACCAAGCACAAAGGCUUUAGUUCUACUGAGGGUUUGCACUGACUCUUGCCAGUGUUUCAGUGAAGUGAAGUUCCUGUAGUCUGAGCAGCCCUAAGGCCUACAGUGCUUAUGUAGCCUAGAGAAUAUCAGGGACUGGCCUUUUCCAGCCUCUGUUCUGGGAAAUAAUUUGAGGCUUAUCUGAAUCAAACUUUCAGGGGGAUUAAAAAAGUGUAUUUUUAAGCUGUGAAAGUUUUUGUGAUAAGGCUAUAUAUCUACUUCUUUAAAAUAUUUUUAAUUAUGAGAAAAAUUUUGAAAUCAAAAUAUGAAAAUACUUGUUUUAAACUAUAGAAAAAUGUGUUUCUGGUUUUGUUUUCAGAAAAGAAGUUCAUUAAUCCCUAGUAGUUCAUAUAAGAUGAUUAUUUAAAUACAAUUUUGAAAGCUGUUUUCUAUUUCCAAUCCCUUUCCUUGCAGUCUAACUCCAACAGCUGCCCAAUUCUGCUGAAAAGGUAUUUAUGCAGAGGGUUGUUUGUCACCUCUAAAUACUGAAAUAGAGCAAACUUGCUAUUUGUGUCCAGAGAAAACUGCAACACCACAGUGGCAAUUACACUUUUCAGACUCUGUUAGGUAUACUGCAUGUGUUGGUAACUCCUGUUGUAAAAUUUGUGUUUGGUCUGAAAGCAGCUGGUUCUGCUACUUGCAAGGAGAAGUUGUUAUCUUUUUUUCAGGGCAGGUAAGACUUCUCCAGCCUCGGGCAUUUGCUAAUUGGGAAGAUAUUGAUUUACAAGUGGUCUGAAGAGGAACAGCAAAAGUGAGCUGGCGGCUGAUGGGCAUACUUACACAGAUGCAAAGACUCCGAAGACAUCAGACGUAUUCACAGAAGAACUUGAGCAUCUAAGUACUGUACAACUGCCUCUCUAACCUCCUAAAUCCUGACUUGGUUGACCAGUGAAGUUUGUAGGUACUUAAGUUUUUUCUAGUGAAAUUUUUGUGCCUAGAAAUCUGUUCCUGAGCAUGCCUGAAUCUGCUUAAUUCUGUAGCACUUAUUUCUGUGCUUUAUGGGGAUAUCUCUGUUGUGACUGGCCACAGUGUGUAUCCUGUGAGGGAAGCAACUCUGCAUCCCAACAUAGAAGACCCUGUGCCAGGCCACAUUAAGUCAGAAGCGGCUGUGAACUCAACUCAUUCCCCCCAUCCCUUUGAAUCUGUGCCUAGAUGUGCUGCUUCUGUCCCAGCUUCAGUGUAAGUGUGGAUUACGCUCCUUCCUAUUCCCUUAUGAAAUGCUAAAUUAGUGGGCACAGCUAUCCCCCACAGCUUGAGAGAUUCAGUUUCCCCUUUCCCACAUCCCAAGGGAAUGGUUGAAUCUCUAGUCCUCUUUGUGAGUGUAAACUGGCUUGAAACAGUUCCUUGUUGCCUGAGUUGCUCUCUGUUGCUGGAUCAUAGGGGCAGUGAAGGCCCUCGAACUCUGCUUGGCAGCACAGUGGCUAGAGUGUAAUCUCCAAAGAGGAAUUGUGGAGAUUUUUUUAUUUUUUUUUUCACUGCAAAUACAGAAUAGAAAUUGGAUCCAGAUCUGGGUUCUAGGUCUCCCCUUCCCAAGAAUAGUGGUUAACUUGCUCCCAGGUCCUGGUUCAAUUAGAAUUCCAGUAUGCUAUCCAGGAACCUGACGUCUUUCUAGAUCUGCAGGUAAAACAGCUUAAUGUGCUCAAGGAUUUGCAAAAAGCUGCAUUUCUGUUCUAGGAGAAAGCCCUAAUAUCUGUGUUGCAGGUGAAGAAAGUUGCACAGAUGUAUGAGAAAAGGAUAGCAUGAGCUCUUAAGUCUAGAGUUCAGAGAGAGAUAAUUGUGUUUCUGUAGACCAGGAAAAGUAUCUAAAUUAAGGACAUAGGAGGAAUCUCACAGAUGCUCUUCUUACUGUUUGCUUUUGAACAGCGUGAUUUCUUGCUUAACUUGCUGGAAAUUUUUUCCCUAUCUAAUGUUUAACUAUUCUUGUGCAUUUAAUAAAGAGCUGAACAAGUGUCUAAAGUGUAACUAUGAAUUUCAGUAGAUAGCAAGCUGCCUGAAAGACAGCCUCUCUGGUGUUCAGCAUGGCAAAACCUAUGUGCUUUUGUGGAUGUCAGUGUAGACAUAAUUUUGUGCCAGGAAAACAACAUAGUAAAACAGGUUCACAGUAUGAACAACACGUAGUUAGCCCAGAGUACCAGUGUACCAUUCUCAGAGGAAACCCCAGGUGUCUGAUCACUUGAGACAUAAAGACCUCCCAUUUGGCAAAUCACCCAAACAUGAAAAUACCUUGAGAGUGUGUAGGGACUGGACAGUGAAAUUAGUGGGCAGCUCUUUCACAUGCCACUGAUCCACCAGGCAUAAGUCAUGGAUCUGCUGUUUGAAAGAGGCACAACACAUCCACACUUGGCCAAAUGUUGAUUUAGGCCAGACCAGCAGCCCAGGCUGUGCAGGUCAGUGUGUGUCCAGCACAGCCAAAGAGCACUGCUCUAGCAACGCAUGAGCAGAGAGAAAUUCUGCUUCACCUGUGUCGUGAGUCCCAGCUAACAGCAUGAAAUCUGUGCUCCGUGUUGCACGGGCAGGGGCACCAGCCUGGGUCUUGGCAGAGGGUGCAGUUGCUCUGUGUGCAUAGGGUGUGUGGCUUCAGCAUGAGGAUCAUUACAGCUGAACAGCAACAAAUUCUGAGUAUCCCGGGGUUUCAUAAGUAAUGAGUACAACAUGUUUCAAAACACUGUUUCCUACAAAUGUUCGUAUCUUCAUUUGUAACAAUCCUCUUUUCAUGUAUUAAAAUAAACAUUGCUGAAGGAUACAAAACAAU